AUGUCUCAAGUGGGUGCUCAACAAGGAGAUCCGUUGGGCCCCCUCACUUUUAGCCUCUCAAUACAAAAAGUAAUCGCUGAACUUAAGUCCCCGCUGAAUAUCUGGUACCUCGACGAUGGAACCAUUGGAGGAAAACCGGAAGAGGUAAAGCGAGACUUGCUAAUUUUGCUUUCGCGUCUUAAGGAUUUGGGUCUAGAAGUAAAUGCGUCCAAAUGCGAAUUUUUCGCUUGCGGGUCGGAGUCAUCUUCUUUCCUCCCCUCAUUUUCAUCGAUAUUACCUGGGCUUAAGGAACUUAGCUCCAACUCCUUCAACUUACUCGGAGCCCCAAUAUUUCAAUCUGCAGUUCCCGAGGCACUGCUAACACGCAAAGAGCUCCUCCUGCUUGCUGGCGAACGCCUCAAGGGCAUCGAUCCGCAUGUAGCUUUGGUUCUCUUACAAAAAUGUUUUGCCACGCCUAAGGUAACUUAUCUUCUGCGUACGGCCCCCGUGUGGUUAUUUCCCGACGACAUCGGUUGCUUCGAUGCCGCUAUAAAAUUAACAAUAGAAUCCAUAGUAAACAUCUCGAUGACCGAAAACCAAUGGACACAAGCAGCCCUUCCAGUCCGUCAUGGUGGCCUUGGUGUGCGUCGUGUUCAGGAUGUGUGCCUGCCGGCCUUUUUGGCGUCGGCCCAUGGGGUGAUGGACCUUGUUGCUAAUAUUUUACCUAAAAAUGGCGACAGGGUGUGCAUUCCUUAUGUGGCGGACGCCCUUGAGGCUUGGUUGUGUUCCAAUCAGGGAGCGACCGUGCCAGAGAACCCCAAAAUACAGCGUGCGUGGGACGACACCCGCUCUAAAGCUACGAUAGAUAACCUCAUUGCGAGUGCAGCGGGAGUAGACCGUGCGAGGCUUCUGGCAGUGUCACAACCAGAAUCUGGGGCAUGGCUGCACGCGUUGCCUUCACCCCAAUUGGGCACCUUACUUGACGGCAACUCGUUACGCGUGGCCGUUGCUCUCCGCCUGGGCUGCGAUGUUUGCCAACCACAUUUAUGCAUCUGCGGUUCCAUGGUGGGGGCUGACGGUCACCACGCACUGAGUUGUCGCCGAUGUGCAGGUAGGCAUCCGCGUCACCAUGCCCUAAAUGAUACUAUCCAGCGAGCUCUCAGGUCGGCUGGUGUCCCAUCAGUGCUUGAACCACCAGGCCUCAGUCGUACCGACGGUAAACGGCCUGAUGGUCUGACUUUGGUACCAUGGGAAAGGGGACGGUGUUUGGUUUGGGACGCUACAUGCGUCAGUACGUUCGCCGCCUCCCACAUCAGCCGUACAUCGCGCGUGGCCGGUGCGGCAGCCGAAACUCAAGCGGAUCUAAAGCGUCAAAAAUAUGCCUACAUAGUCGUCCCUUUCUCUGUAGAAACGGCGGGUUGCUGGUCUGCCGACGCGAAACGCUUCACUCGUGAUUUGGGACGUCGACUCAGACAGAAAGGGGAGGGUCCCCGCUCCGAGUCGUUCCUUGUGCAAAGGCUGUCCGUGGUGAUCCAGCGUGGAAAUGCUGCGAGCAUCAUGGCAAAGGCACCACGAACCACGAUGUACGUGGCGGCGUGGCGUGGCAGGGAGUGGAGCAGCAGCGACUGCGGCGGAGGCCGCAUGUGCCGCGCGCAUCUGUCCGAUCUCGCGCGCGCUACAUCGUCGUAG